GCGCCAUAAUUAAACAGCUUGUUGUUUUGUGCCGAAUCAAACUUUCACAGAUCCGCUGAACUGAAGUUAACUCAGAGUUUGUGACUUCAUUUAACGUUCCGUUACCGACCGAGAGGCGCGAGCUCAGUCCCGUAUGUGACGCUAACGGAGCUAACGGAGAGAGCCGAUCCUCUGAUGCUAACCAGGCUAACGUUAGCAGGUGUUAGCAAGUCACCGCGGUGUUUUCCGGCGUUUAGUGACCGUUAACAGUUCCAGUGUGCCGGCCGCAGCAGGGAUGAGCUGCCCGGUGAAGCUCCAGGCUCUACCGACCGGAGUGUUUGACACGGUCUUUACACCGGAGAACAUGAGAGGAAGAGCCUCGAUGAACUCCGUCACUCCGCUCAGUUUCCCCAAAUCCAGAUUGGCUCUGUGGGACGGCAGCCCUGCUGGAGAGAAGCUCCGCCUUCAGCUCUGCGCUCACAGGAAGCCUCGCCUGGUGCUGUCAGAAAAAGCUCUGCGUCUGGCUCAGCGUCACGCCCGUCACAGCAACAAGCCCCGCCUCCUGUGUUUCCUCCUGGGAUCAGUGUGUGUCGACGCAGAUGAGGAGGGCGUCACUGUGACUCUGGACCGCUUUGAUCCGGGUCGGGACCAGGGCGGAGCCUCAGGCAGGGUCCCCUCUGCUCUGCUGCCUGGAGACGUCCUGGUGCCCUGUUUGUUCUCCACACAGACUGAGGCCGCGUCUGACGCUGUCGUCCAAUCAGAGGCUGAGCUACAUCACUGCUUCAAGGCGUUGCAGCAGUGUGUGAGCAGCAGACAGACUCUGGGACUAUCUCAGCUGAUGGAGGUCAGAGGUCACGUGAUCGUGUCUCACCAGUCUGACGCUGCGACAUUCGUCCUCAGCUGGUCGGCUGUCUGUCCGUCUGUCAGCGUGGACGUUCAGCUGGUCCGGGCCGUUCCCAUCAUCCCCACCGCUCUGCUGAGGAGUCUGACCAGCAUCCACCGGCCGCCGCCGCACGCCACCAAUCGACAGAGAGGGUUUCUCACCAUGGAUCAGAGCAGGAAACUGCUGCUGCUGCUGGAGUCUGAUCCCAAAGCCUCCAACCUGCCGCUGGUCGGACUCUGGCUGAGUGGAGUCACACACGUCCACAACCCUCAGGUGUGGGCCUGGUGUCUGAGGUUCCUGUUUAGCUCCGCCCUCCAGGACAGAGUUCUGUCAGAGAGCCGCUGUUUCCUCCUCGUCCUGUUUGGCUCCACCCACAGAGCUCCUCAGUUCUUCCAGUGUCGAGGACCAGGACCAGGACCAGGAGCCCAGCUGGACUACCAGCUGCUGACGGCCUCCCACAGUGUCACACUGUACCAGCAGGUGGCGUCGGUGGAGGGUCGGACUCUGCAGUGUGAGCUGGACUCAGAGGAUCACAGCAGACAGAUGGACAUCUUCAGAGACGCUCUGACCUCCUUCAACAGAGCCGUCCCUCCAGCUGUCGGUCUGUCUGUCAGCGAUCAGGACUCCGGAGUCGAGGACGAAGACGUGUCUCCACGACCGUCCCCGAGUCCCCACCCCCCCGCUCAGCAGGUUCGGAGGGUUCAGCCGUCUGUUCCUGAACUCUCUCUGCUGAUUGACGGCAGCUUCGCCUCCAAUCACAGCGGCUGGCAGGACCCUGGCUCCGCCCACAGGCCUCCUCCUGCUCCUCCUGCCGCUGACAGGAAGUCUGCUCCUCCAACCAGAAACAUCUCUGCCUCCUCCUCAGCUCCCAGACCUGCAGCUCCUCCUCACCUCCACAGCACCCCCAACUCCAACGUGCAGCAGCCCUGCACCUGCUGCUCCACCCACACCUACAACUGCACCUCCAUCUUCUCCUCCUCCCCGGGGCUCCACCCUGCCACUGCUCCUCCACCUGCUGCUUACUCACAUCAUCACCACAACACUCCUCCUGCUCCAUCCAGUCUCCACUCUGCUCUUCCACCUCCACCUGCUCAGUCCCAUCACACUCCUCCUCCUCCAUCCUCCUAUCAUCACACUCCUCCUCCAUCCUCCCAUCACCAAACUCCUCCUCCAUCCUCCCAUCACCAAACUCCUCCUCCAUCCUCCCAUCACCAAACUCCUCCUCCAUCCUCCCCUCGCCAAACUCCUCCCCACUCCAGCGACCAUCUGACCACUCCUUCUGUCCCUCCUUCCUCCAGUGACGAUACUCCUCUGUCCUCCCAUCACCAUACUCCACCUCCCCCCUCCACUGCUCCUCCUCUCUCCCUACUCCUCCCUACUCCUCCCUGUCCCCGCAGCUGCCCUCCUCCCGCCCUGUGGUGCAGUGACCUCCCCUCUCCUCACCCCUCCUGUCCGGCAUCAGACGCUACGUCUCCCCCCUGGUUCUCCCACCCCUCCUGCAUGAAUCAGUUUUGUGAUCAGGUGGGCGGAGUCGUCCCAUCUGACGCCUACCAGCUCCUCCUUCAUCAGGACCGACAGCUCCGCCUCCUACAGGCACAGGUCCAGAUGUUGCUGGAGGCUCAGGGGAAACUUCAGUCCUCCAGUCGGCAGGUCGACACUCACGCACCCCCGAACACUGCCAGCAUCGCUGUAGGGACAGGUGCCAGUCUGUUCUGGGGGGAUCCUGUCCAGUUCCCCCUCCCCCAUCAGGAGGGACAGGCUCCUCUCCCCUCCUCCCCCACGCCUCCACACUCGUCCUCUCUCAGCCCCUCCUCCUGCAAACCCCCAUCACACGCUGACCUGUCCGUCAUUGGGCCAGUGGGUGGAGCUGAGGAUGGUGACAUCACAGGUCAGGGGGCUGCCUGCUCCCCCUCUGGUCAGCACAGUUUCAGCCGUCUGCAAAGUCCAGUCCUGGGAGAGAGUGUCAGCAUGUACGGAGCUGCAGACGACCAGCAGAGCUUCUUCCACAGCCUAAAGAAUCAGCUGACCAGUCGUCUCCAGGAGUCAGAUGGUAAACAGGAAGUGGAGCAGGAGGAGUCCAGGAGGAGGAGCCUGUCUGCGGUUUCUGACCACUCCCAGUCCUCCCAGUGUUCCCAGUUCUCUCAGUCUAGGAGCAAACAGAGCUGUGGUGGAGACCUGGUGGUCAGUGCCACCGUGAGGCAGCUGCAGCAGCUCGGAGUCGACGUAGACCGAGAGGAUCUGACGGCGUCAGACAGACGAGUGCAGCAGACUGUGGAGAGCAGCAGCACUCUGGCGAGCAUCAACCCGGCGGCCGUUCUGUCUCGACUGAGCGUGAGUGAGCCGACAGCGAGCUCGCUGUUCCCAGGAGGCAGCGUGGAUCUGAGUCUAGAGGCCAACGCCAUCGCCCUGCGCUACCUGAGUGACUCUCAGCUCAGCAGACUGUCUCUGGGAGGCCACACCCCCUGCACAGGCCCCGCCUCCUCCAACGACUCCCUGCUGUCACCCAGCAACAUGUCUCUGGCCACCAGGAAGUACAUGAGGAGGUAUGGCCUGAUAGAGGAGGAAGAGGAGGAGGAGGAGGAGGUCGAUGCUCAGAAGGUGUUGGUUCGCCAGCCACUGACUGAAGCUCUGAAUGUGAAGCUCCUCCCACAGAGUCAGCUGAUCCGGGACCUGAGGCCCAAAAUGCAGCUGUUAGCCGGCGGCACCAAACCGACCGCAGCCGACAAGGAGAACUGUUCCAGCAGGCGGCCAUCUUUAGUGAGUGCGGGCAGCCUUGAGACGGAAGGAUCAGUGGGAAACAUCCUGGACCUGAGCCGCCUUAGACAGCUGCCCAAACUCUUCUGACUCUCUCGUAUUUAAAAUGGAGUCUGGUCUGAGCUGCGGCGCCCAGUGCGGAGACCGAUUAGACUUCAAACAGCCACCAAAUACUUUACACUGAAAUUUAAACUUUUACUUUGGAAACACUCUGAAUUCAUGUUGAUAUAAAAUCUGAAAUUUCCUGAUUUGCAGUUUUAAAAGUUGAUUUUUUAUUUUAUUUUUUUUCUCAAUUUUCACAAAUUCAGAUGCAAAAUUUCAAGUUUCAGGAUAAAAAACAAAAAAGAUUCACACUGGUCAAAACGUGUAACAGGAACACCUGGGCUCCGUGUGACAGGACAGGUGAAGGAGUCGAGUGCAGUCAAACCAGCCUCUGACCUAUCAGAGCGCAGCGCGUCCGUGAUGUCAGAGGCUGACGGAGCUCUGACAAGUCGUCCUGUUUGUUGUUUGUCAUGCUUGUUUCUGGAUCUGAAUACGACCAAUCAGAUUACAGCAGUAUCAGUCUUUUUAAAUUCUUUAACUUCUUAAACUAAAACAAAUCUGUGAACGUUGUGGAAAAUGAUUCAAAUUGAGCUUUUUGAAAUCAAGAAAUAUAAAAAUCUAAAUUCAGUUUUCAAAGACAAAGUUUUAAAUAAUUUCAGUAUCAAACAUUCAGUGACUGUUUGAAUUUAAAUCCUUGUGUCUCUGAUCAGCUGCCGUACGAGCUCUGUGCUGGUCUGACUUGUGUCCUGCUUUGUGGUGGAACUGGUUUUACUGGAAGCCCUCCAUCUUCAGUCAGCUGUGAGAACUGGUGUGAAACACUCUGUGUCCAACCGGCUGCAGCGUCUCAAAGCUGAUCUUAUUAAACGUACUCACGUCCUGGUUUUUAUGGACUUACUGGUUUUACUGGAAAUCUGCCACCUUGUGUCUGUUUUGACUCUUUUUAUCGGAAGUUUGUGUGUUUGAGCUUUUUGUCGUCACUUCCUGUUUUAAUGUGAAAAGUCUUUUGCACUGCAUUGUUUUUUAAUAUUUAUGAUUUCACAAAUAAAACUCGUCACACUUUUAACACCUGAA